UGUUGAUAUAUAUAUAUUUUUUGUGUGAAUUGAAGAAGCUUGUACGUGGUGGUUCUUGGUUAAAAUUCAACAAGAUUAACCAAGCAAUGAACCAGUGGAACCAGUGUUAAAUGUGUCUCGCGCGCGAUUAAAACCAUUAAAAAACAGUAUAACAAAAAUCGCUCUCUAAAAGUUUAUAAAACAUUGGCAAAUAUUUGAUAUACAAAGAGAGAUAUAAGUGCCAUAAAUAAUUAAAUUGUUCAAUGCAAAUACUUAUAAAUUUGUUGAUAAUUUUAUAUUAAAAAACAAUUUAAACAUUUGAUUUAUUUAUAACAAACAAACAAAAAACAAAUUAAAAUAAAGCCUCAACAAAAUAAUGAUAAUCUGCCGAAAAUAGUAGGUGUACUCUCUUCAAGGUUGAUCUCUUCAUCAGGAUUAAAAGAAAUAUAUAAAAAAAUCAAAAUUUUUUAACCAAAUAAAUUAUUAAUUAUUUAUGAAAAUAAUUAAUUAAAAUAUAAUAUAGGUAUAUUUUUUUAUUAUCAAAAAAAAAAAAAAAAAAAAAAACUUUGAUUUCAUCAUCAUUGAAAAGUUGAAGGUUAUGUUGAUUGAGUAUGGAUGUUGAUUAUUAAUUGUUUAAAUUGAUAUUAAUAAUAUCUUUUUUAGAAAAAAAUAUUUAUAUUAUACUAAAAAUUAUAUUGAUAUUGAUUAUCAGUAUUUUAUAAUUUGACAUAAGGAUAAAUAUUUAGAUAAUUUAAAUAAAUAUUUACAACGAAUGAAUAAUGCCUGGUGGCAAUGAACGGAAUGGAGAAGCAUGGACAUGGUCAUCAUCACCAUCAUAAUCAUAAUCACCAUCAUCAUCAUCAUCAUAAUCAUCAUGAACAGCAUUCUUCAUCUUCAUCACGUAGUGGUCAAUCAACACCAACAAUUAGUCAUUCCUCAAAACAUGGACAUCAUUCAAAUACAAGAAAUUUACCUUCAGCAUUGUCAUCGUCAUCAUUACAACAACAACAACAACAACAACAAACACCUUCACAACAACAACAACAACAGCGACAACAAUCAUUACAAUUACCAGCAUCACAAAUACCUCAAAAAUCAAGAAAUUAUAAACUUUUGGAUGAUCCAUUUAUUGAUAAAGGUAAACCAAAAUUUUAUAGAUAUGAUGGUAUUGUACCUGGUGAUCCAUCACGUUCAAUACUUGGUAAACCAAGUGAUCCACGACCAAAAAUUACACGUUUAUGGAUACGAUUAGAACAACUUGAUUUACCAAUACCACGUUUUAAAAUUGAUACAAAUUAUUGUGGUGAACCACCACCUAUUGAAGUUACAUUUUAUUAUUUAAAUGACAAUAUUGAUCGUACAUUUUUGGGUGAUAUGGUACAAAAAUUUGGUACAUAUGAAGAGCUAACAAUUUAUUAUCAUCCAACAACAAAUAAACAUCUUGGUAUUGCACGUGUUGUAUUUGAUACAAUAAAAGCAUCAAAAAAUUGUGUUGAAAAAUUAAAUAAUACAUCUGUUAUGGGUAAAGUAUUACGUGUAUUUCUUGAUCCAUUUGGUGAUGAAUGUAAAAAAAUGUUUAAUGAAUUAACUGUAGAAAAAAAAUUAACAGAUAAAGAAUUAAAAAAAGAUAUUAAAUUAUUAACAAUUGAUAAUGAUAUAAUUGAUAAUAAAAAAUUACAAAAUAUUGAUAAAAUAAUUAAUGAUGAACGUGAUGAUUAUAGAAAUAAUAAAAAAUUAGAUAAAACACGUAGUGAAACAUCAUCAACAUCAUCAUCAUCACAAUAUAUUGAAACAACAAGAUAUAAUAAAUAUCGUGAUUAUCCAACACCAAGUGGUUCAACUGGUAGUGAUAUGGCAUAUUGUUCAUCAAGUGAAAUUAAUUAUGGUAGUACUUAUUCACAAAAUUCAACACCAUCAAAUUAUGAUUAUUAUUAUUCAAAUUAUCAUCAUCAACAACCACAAACACCAAGUGGUUAUGUACCUGGUAUACAAAUUCCAUCACAUCCUCAUUCACAUUCACAUCAACAUCAACAUUCACAUCCACCACCAGUACCAGUACCAAUGUCAAUGCCACCAAUAGCAACAAAUUCAACAGUAUGGUGGCCAACAAAUUCAAAUGGUCCAUAUCAACCACCAAUUUGGCCACAACAUCCUGGUAUAUCAACAACAACACCAUCAAUUGAUCCAACAAUAUCAACAAAAUUAUCAACAACACCAAAAUUAUCACAAACAUCUAUUAGUGGAAAUAAAAAAGAAAAAGAUAGAGAUAGAAAAAAAUAUAAUAGAGAUAAAAAUAAUAGAGAUAAAGAUAUUAAUAAAAUAAAUCAAUCAUCAUCAUCAUCAACAAUAACAUCAUCAGCAAUAGCAUCAUCACCAUCAGCAGUAGUAACAACAACAACAUCAAUUCCACCAUCAACAACAACAAUACCAGUAGUAUCAUCAUCACCAUCAUCAUCAUCAACAACAUUAAAUAAUGAUAUAUUAAAUGAAUCAAAAACUCUUGAUCUUGAUACGAGAAUAGCUAUGUUAUUAAAAGAUAAAGCUGGUGGUAUGGCACCACCAUUUUUACAAUUUGGUAGUGAUUCUGAUGAUGAAAAAAAAUCAUCAAUACAAGAUGAAGAACCAUUAUCAGAACCACCAAGUCCAUUUGUAUCAGCUGAAAUAUAUAAAGAAUGUUUUAAUAAAAAGACUGAAAAAAAAUUUUUAAAAGAACGUAGAAAAAGUCUUGAUAAUUUAGUUGAUGAUGAUUUAGGUAGUGUUAUUAGUUCAAGUGAAGAUGAAGCAUUACUUGGUAAUUAUUCACCAAUAGCAAUAUCAAAUAAUUUUAAGACUGAUAAUAAAGAUAAAGAUAAUCAUCAAACAAAAGAACAAUCAAAAAUUGAUGAUGAUUGUAUGUCAUUAUCACCAUUAUCAUCUGGUGAUGAAAAAAUUGAACAAGUUAUUGCAUCAACAGAACAACCACAACCACCACCACCACCACCACCACCACCACCGCCACCAACAAAUGUUGGUAUUUAUCAACAGCAACAACAACAAAAUACAUCAUAUACUGAUCAUUUUGGACAAUAUACACAACAAAAUAUGUAUGGUUGGACACGUCCAAAUCAAUCAUCAUUUCCAUAUGGUAAUCCAUAUUUAUCAAAUCAUUAUCAAUCAACAAAUAUACAACCUGGUACAAGUGUAUCUGCUCAAGGUAGUAAUAAUUAUUAUACAAAUUAUCAAACAAGAUUACAAGAAAUUGCUAAUGAAAAUAUGACUAAAGAUAAUCCACAAGGUGCAACAAUAAAUGCAGUAUCAACAAAAGUUGUUGAUGAAUUAAAACAAAUAUUAAAAAAAGAUUUUAAUAAAAAAAUGAUUGAAAAUAUUGCAUUUAAAUUAUUUGAAGUAUGGUGGGAUGAAAAGAAAAAUGAAAAAACAAAUAAUCAUAAUAAUGAUGAAUCAUUAAAUAAUAAUAAUACAACAGCAUCAACAACAUCAACACCAACAGUUAAUAAUGUUAUUAAAGAAGAUUUAUUAAAACCAGUUUUUUUGGAAUUAUUAAAAGAACCAAAUUACAAUGGUGUUGGUUUAGGUAUACGUGCAAGUAUACCAAAAAUGCCAUCAUUUAGACGUAAAGUUAAAGCACCAAGUCCACCACCACAAGAUGAUGAUAGUCGUCAAUCAGAUCGUAUUGAUACUGAAAUUAUUGAUAGUGAUAGUGAUGAAAAUAAUUCAACAAUAUUAUCAUCUAAAAUAAAAAGACCAUCAAGUGUAUUAUCAAAUUCAUCAUCAACAAGAAGUGCUAUAUCAUCAAUUCCAAGUGUAUCAUCAAGUUCAAGUGAUUCAUCUGAUUCAAGUGAUGAUAGUGAUGAUGAUGAAGAUGAUGAUGAUUCUGAUACUGAUAGUAGAUUAAUUGAUAAUAGACCUCUUGCAUGUGAUAGUAAAGAUCCAGAUAUUUUAAUGGAAUUAGCAAUACAAAGAUCAUUAGAUUGUGCAACACCAACAGGUCGUGUAACUCCAAUUCCAAAAAUUAAUUUAUACAAAUAUCGUGAUGAUUUCCCUCAAUUGAAUGACGAUAUUGAUGAGUAUGAUGAUGAUGAAGAAGAUGAUGAUGAGGAUGAUGAUGAUUAUAAUUAUGAAAAUUUAUUACCUUCAAGUUCAAAAUAUGAAGAUGUUAUUGAAUUAUAUGAACGUACAGCAGCAUCACUUAGCAUUAAAUUGCCAGAUAAAAAAAUAGAACCAAUAAUUAAAAAAGAAACUAAAAUGGAAAUUGAAACAAUGGAAAAUUCAGCAGCUGAAGCAUUAAUGUGUCUUGCUGGUAGAGAUAAUGGUAUUAUUGUACAUAAAAGUCCACCAGGUCCAAUACAACCAAACAUUAUACGUAGUUUACAAUCAAUGUCAUCAAAAUAUAUUAAUGAUAUACCAAUAUUAAAAGAAUCAGAAAAAAUUGAACCAUUUUCAGAAAUACCAACAACUGAUUCAGAAGAAGAAGAAAGUUUAGAAAUACGUAGAUUAAAAUAUCGUGCUGAAAAUAAUUUACAGCAUAAUGGACAAACUACAACAAAUUUAGAAUUAUCACAAGUUUAUAUUGAACAUUCGUACUCAAUUCGACCACCAUUAGAAAAUAAUAAACAUCAACAAUUACAACAACCACAACCACAACAAGAACAACAAAUUGAAAUAAAACCAAUUCAAGAAAACAAAAUAGAAAAAUCAAUAGAAAAAACAGAAAAACGAAAAUACAAUAAACACACAAAAAUAACUAGUCAUGAAAAUCAUGAAAGAGAAAAAGAAAAUAUACAAAAUGAAUUUAAAUAUGAAAAAUUACCGCGAAAAUUUGAAGAAAUUGAAAAAACACCAGUUAUAUAUAAAAAACGUGAACGUGUAAGUGAAUUAACUGUAUAUUAUGAAUUUUUAACACGUGGUAUUGAUGCAGAAGAUAUAAAAUUUAUGAAAAUGAGUUAUCAUACAUUAUUAAGUGAUGAUACACAAGGUUGUUAUUGGUCAAAUGAUACACAUUGGGUUGAUCAUCCAGUAUCAUUUGUUCCACCACCAACAAAACGUAGAAAACGUGAUGAUUUACGUCUUCAUACAAGUGGUUCAGCAAGAACAGAAGGUUAUUAUAAAGUUGAUUUACGUGAAAAAAUGAAACAUAAACAUCAUUAUGCACAAAGUAUACAAAGAUCAAAUCAAGUUGAAUUAAGUACAAAAAAUAAUGAUGGUAUGAUUAAUGGACCAAGAAAAGGUAUUAGUCAUAAAGCAUUAACUGGUAAAAUGCAAGCAUUAUCAAGAGAAGCAAGAAGUAAUCAACGUCGUUUAUUAACUGCUUUUGGUAUUGAUACUGAUAGUGAUUUAUUGAAAUUUAAUCAACUUAAAUUUCGUAAAAAACAACUUAAAUUUGCUAAAUCUGGUAUUCAUGAUUGGGGAUUAUUUGCAAUGGAACCAAUUGCUGCUGAUGAAAUGGUCAUUGAGUAUGUUGGACAAAUGAUUAGACCAAGUGUUGCUGAUUUACGUGAAUCACAAUAUGAAGCAACUGGUAUUGGUAGUUCAUAUCUAUUUCGUAUUGAUUUAGAUACAAUUAUUGAUGCUACUAAAUGUGGUAAUCUUGCACGUUUUAUCAAUCACAGUUGUAAUCCAAAUUGUUAUGCUAAAGUUAUCACAAUUGAGGGUCAAAAGAAAAUUGUUAUAUACAGCAAACAGCCAAUUGGAGUCAAUGAAGAAAUAACGUAUGAUUAUAAAUUUCCACUUGAAGAUGAUAAAAUUCCUUGUCUAUGUGGUGCACCACAAUGUCGUGGCACACUUAAUUAAAUUGAAGAAAAAGCUCAGAAAUACUUUUUUUUUUUUCUACUACUAUUCAUAAAUGUCAUUGUCAUCAUCGUCAUCAUUAUUAUCAUUGUCAUCUUCUUCUUAUUUAGUAUAAACCAUCUUAUUGACCAGAUAUAUUUUUGAAAAUAUUUUCUGGUCAUCGUGAUCAUCUUACUCGUAUUUUUGUAAAUAGAUAAAAAAUUAAGAAAAUAACUAUGUAAAACAUUUUAUAAGAAUGAAAAGAGAAAAAAAGCAUAAAUGAUAAAUUAUAUAUCAUUUAACAAAAAAAAAAAAAA